AUGAAGCUCACCUCCACUCUCGCCGUACUUGGCGCUGGCAUCUCUGCCGUCUUUGCCAAUAACGUGACCACCUCCGUGUACCACGCUAUCUCCAGCACGCUCCCUACCGGCACGCCUUUCUCAUCCCUGAUUCCGCACAACGCUACCGCCCCUGCCGAGAAGAGCAGCUGCGCGCACCGGUACCCGAGGGGACCGUCGUCGGCACACCCUGGCUACCCGGUGAGCAACUCGACGAGCAUCGCCAGUGAUUAUCUCACCGGUUCAGGCUCCGUGGCGAGCCACAUCAGCAGCAGUAGCAGCGGCAGCAGCAGCGGCGGCGGCACGGCCCCCAUCUCGACCAUGGUCCGUUCCUCCUUCUCGGCAUCCAGCGCCAUACCCACCGGAACGUCUUCAUCCUCCAGCUUUACUGGGGGACACUCGCAGCCGACGACCUUCAUCACCAGCAGUCGCAAGCCCACCUCUGUCUCCUCGUCCCAGAGCUACCUGACCCCGACGCCCCUCAUUUAG